GUGGUGUGUGUGGGGGCGUGAAACCGUGUGCAACCAACUGGACACCCGUCCGGCCCCAAAAAAGCGCACACGUACAGGACAGGAUCCACCGCUGCGUGCGUGCGAUGCGUGGCCCCCCACACACGCCGAUGACCUCCGCCGGCCGGCGCUAUAUAUUCAGCGGCGGGCUUUCUCCAUCAUAUCAUCGACAUCAUCCAUCUCCGGCCGGCCGCUAGCUCUGCGUCCAACCUCCUCCAGCUAGAGCUUGGGAUAGCGACAGGCCUAGUCGUUGCCUUGUCGAGUGUCGACCAUGCCGCGCUCCGACACGGAGCUGAGCCUCGGACGCCCCGCGCCGCCGCCACCCCGGUGGUGCCGCGCGACGGGCGAGCUGAAGCAGGGUGGCACCGCCACGGAACUCCAGCUCCAGGUGCGUAACUGCGUACGUACCCCAAUUUUCGGGGAUGGCGAUCCUGCGCGUGGCGAGGCGAGCGACGGCGGAGGAGGAGGACGAGGGGGCGUCCGGCGACGGCGCGGCGGCGGGCCUGUCGAUGAGGAGGUCGAUGGAGUGGUUCCUGCAGCGGCGGCGGCGGCGGCGGGAGGGGAGGCGCCAGCGCGGGGUCGUCGCCGCCGUCUCGCCUUCGUCGUCAUCCUUGUCCUGCUUGACUGACAGUGAUAGUAGCCGAAUCUAGCUAGCAAAUUCGAUUCCGUUUUCAUCAGCAUGCAGCGUAGUGGUUCAAUAUAACGUAGCGUUCGUUCGUUUUUAGAAGAAGCAGCCAAAACCAUUUUUCGGAAGAACAUGAACUGAACAGCUAGCUCAUAUGUGCGUCGACGGUGGAGCGAACGCGCGCUAAACCAAACCUGUGGCCUGGCGAUGACUGUAAAAUUUGGGGGUUUGCCCUUGCCAGCGCCCGCGCGCUACCAAGGGCCAUGGCCGCCCUGAUAUAUCAAACUAAUCUUAUCGAUGCUGUACUGGGCGUGUUUGUCUCCUUACUAAAUUUUAGCCAACUAAACUUUAGUUAUUUUAGAAGCUAAAGUUCCAAACACAUUGGCUAAAAAGAGCUACAAUAGUUUAGUCCUACUAGUCACUCAAGAGUAGCUAAAAUAAUUUUAGCUGGCUACAAUUUAGCAAGAGGAACCAAACAGGACCUUAGUGUAGCCGCAGAAUACACUUGUUUUUUCCCCCAAAAAUUGAUAGAUAGAUACAUAGAGGAGAGAAAAGAGGCAAAGUUCAAGCAGAGCGUAAAAACAAUAAAGGCCGAGCAAAAGAGGCAAAUGGCCAGCCUAAACCAAAGGCAAAAUUUCUGUUAGUCACUUGGCUCCCGUACUACAACAUAGUCUUAGCCUCUUCGUUGAUCUUUGCAAUCAACGUCGCCGAUGAUUUAUAUGUUGAUGCUCGAAAAUCUGUGUAUUCCGCUCUCUCCAAAGCUCCUAAGUGAUAAUAAGCAUCAACGAUCUUACUGCUUUACAUGGAACACACCGUGUGCCACCAUUUUAGCACCGAGUCUAUGUCGUGCAUGUCUUCAGCGUAUUGCUUCUCAUCUCUGUUUUGUAUAUCUACAGCAGGCGAAAAGAUGGAUGAUUGAUUCACCUGUGGCUCCACAAAGGGGGACAAUAUUGUUUGUUAGGCCAAACGCGAGCUGCUAGUCGAUCAACCGUCCAAAGUCAAUUUCGUAUCGCUAGCCAUGCAAAGAACUAGCAAGUUGGAAGUGUCCAACUUCUCUAAAUUAACUUGUCAAAAUCUGAGUACGGCACCUAUAAAUUGUGUCAGGUAUGCCGAGCAAGCUGUGUACCAUAAGAUGGCCAGCCGGGCCGCACUGUACGGCACUGGCACGGGCACGGCCAAGCACGGUACGACGGGGCACAGCGGCACUGCCGUGCCGUGCUUGAUAGUGCCGCCGUGCCAAGACCUCGGCCUAGGCACGGCCCUAUGGCCGGUUAGGCGUGCCGUGCCGUGCCGAUGAGCACGGCAGCCCACCGUGCCAUCCCGUGCUCGCUGGCCGCGCGCCUCGCCGUCGAACAGCAGUCGCACGCCGUCGGCGCGUGCAACAGAGCACCGGCGGGGAGCAGUAGAACGCGCCGCCACAACGCGCAGUGGAGCACCACCGUCGUGCACCGUUGCAGCGCCGCCGUGGAGGAGCUGCAGCACGCCGCCGAGGAGGAGCUGCAACGUGCCGCCAUCGUGGAGCAACAGCAGUCGUGGAGCAGCAGCACGAGAGGACUGGGCGAGCUAGGAGGAGGCGAUGGCGGCCUGCCCCGGCGACUAGACCUUCAGCGGGGAAGAGAGGGGCGGCGGCCUGCUGAGGGAAGCGACAUGAGGCUGCUGGCUGCCUUACGGGAGGGAGCAGGGGAGGAAGAAAGAGUCUCGCGGCUGGGAGAGGGAAAAUGAGAGGGACUUGCUUUUAUAGCUAUGUUAUAGGUGAUGCAAGCCAAUCCAAUGGUCAGAAAUAAUACAAAUUGAUCCAACGAUUCAGAAUAAUCGGGCCACUAUCAUGCCAGCCCAUUAACCGUGCUGGCACUACGGGCCGAACAUGCGGCCCAGGCACGGCCCGGGAUCGUGCCCGUGGCGGCACUGACACUAUAAGUCCCGUGCCCGUGUCGUGCCAGUGCCGUGCUUUUUCGGGCCAGGCCCGUGCCGGCCCAUCGUGUUAGUGCCAAAUGGAAAACCAUACUGUGUAUACUCCCCAGAUGCAGUGAGCUUCUAUGUAAUUUUGUCCUUGAGUUUCUGGACUUAAUUCCACCUCAUGUAGUCCUUGCCAAAGCCGAGUAAAUUGAGUGAAGUGGUGUAUGGUAUCAAGUGUUAAGAGAUUAAUGUCCCUCACCCAAUUAUUUCCAAAUAAAGCUUGUUGCACGGUUUUGUUCUUC